AUGUCAUCACCUAUUAUCAAUCCACCUACUAUUGUAGAUGUUGGCUUCAAGGACCACUUUGGUGUUGUUGGAGACAAGUACCGCACAUUCAGACCACCUUAUCCAGAGGAGUUGUACGAGAUUAUAAAGAAGAGUAUUGAACAUACUGAUAAGGAUUUGGCACUUGAUAUUGGAUGUGGAAGUGGUCAGUGGACCGUUCAGUUGGCAUCAAUGGUCAAACGUGUGAUUGGAUUCGAUCCAUCACCGGGCCAGCUGGCCAACGCAAUGCCCGCCCCCAACGUAGAGUAUCGUUCGUCACCCGCUGAGAAGAUAGAUCAUCAACAAGAUCACUCUGUCGACUUGAUCACGGUUGCCACUGCCAUUCAUUGGUUCGACUUGCCCAAGUUCUUUGAAGAGUGCAGACGUCUCCUUAAGCCCAAUGGUGUACUUGCCUUCUUCACCUACAACAUCAAUCAGUUUGCCAACCCUGAUGCUCAAGCUAUCAACAUUGAUUUGUAUGACAACAUACUUGCACCAUACUGGGCACCAAACAGAUACCUCAUCGAUAGGAAGUACAUUGACAUUGUGCCACCAUUUGAAAACACCGUUAGAGGUGAAUUACUGUUGGAGCGUAAAGUAAGCAUUGCACAGUUACUUGGAGUUUAUAGUACAUGGUCUGGAUACAACAAGUACUUGCAGAGCAAUUCUGAUAUUUUGCCAGAGAUCAAACAGCGACUGUUGACUGCAUUCAACACAAGCGAUGUUAACCAUAUCGUUGACAUUACUAUACCUCACUACUAUGUCAUCUGUAGGAUGUGA